GUUUUAAAUCCAUUAAAUAUAAAUAAAAAUACUAAAAUAAUAAAGAAGAAAAAAAUAUCAGACAUUUUACCGAAUAAUAAUAUUUUAAAUGAGCAAUUAUCUAAGAAAAAGAAGAAACAGAAAACAUAUGAUAUUAAUGUACAAACGAGAAAGCCAAUAUUGGAAAACGUUAUCGAAACAAUAUCAGAAAGUCAUGAUGAAAAAAUAUAUAAUAAACUAAAAAAGAAAAAAAAAAUAGAAAGCGCAGUUAACGAUAUUUCAAAUAUUACAGAUAUAAAAGGAAUGACUAAAAUAAAACAGAAAAAACUCUCAGAUAUGUUGAAUAAUGCUUCAAAUGAACAAUUAUUAAUUAAAGAAAAAAAAAGAAAACAAAAAUUAUUAAAAGAUGUUAUUUCUCAAGAAGAAAUUUUAGAGAAAAUACCACAGAAAAAACAAAAAUUAUUAGAAAAUGCUUUAACAUAUAACAUGAUACAAAAAAGAAAAUAUUUAGAAACUCAUGAAUCUAAUGCUAAUAAAAAAAGAAAAAUACUUGUAGAACAAGAUUUUAGUUUACCAAGUAAUUCUGGAAGUACAACUCAUUUUGAUGUCGCUGAUAUUCAAAAAAUUAAAAAGAAAAAAAAAGUUUCAUUUCGAAAUAAAAUCUUAGGUAGAAAUUUUCGAUAAUUUGGUUAUUUACUGAAGUAUUUAAAAAAACAAAAGGCAAAGUUUUUUGUUAAUUA